CCUUCCGCCACCAUAUUCUCCCUCACCCAUAAAACCCCCCCCCACACCAGCCUCCUCCCGAGCGGCCAAAAUGUGCGGCACAGAUAUCUUCCUCGGCCUCCUAGCAAUCCUCUUCCCCCCGCUCGCCGUAUGGGUGAAGAAAGGCCUCUGCAGCGCCGACAGCCUCAUCAACCUCGCCCUCUGCUGCCUCGGCUUCCUCCCAGGCUUACUACACGCCUGGUACAUCAUCGCCGUCACCCCGGACCCCACAUACUCGGACCUACCACAACAGGACCCGGAACGCGGUUACGGCGGCGGUGGUGGGGGGAACGUGACGUACUACUAUGUGCAGCAGGAUGGCGGACACCCGCGGAGUUAUGGGACGGUGGGGCCGGCGCCGAGUACGCAGUUCCCGCAUCAGCAGCAGGGCGGUUUCGUGCAGCCCCCGCCGCCACAGCAGCAAGUAGGAGGGUCCAGGAGUGAGGAGACCCCGCCGACGUAUCAGCAGGCGGUGCAGGGGGAUAACAAGGUGCAGCGGGGUGGGCCUUGA